AUAAAUAAUAAUAAUAAUAAUAAUAAUAUUAGUGCAAAUUUAAGUGACCCCUCAGUGCUAUUAAAAAAAGAACAAGAAAACCAUGUGGAAUUACAGCAUGACAAUUUGACUCUGCAAACCUCAGAUCAAACACAACACUCUCAUCAACCUCCCACUGAAACAAAUACACCACAAAAUUAUCGCGGUUUAAAUAACUCGGUGAUCAUAGCCAAUUUCAAUAACAGUUCUCAGGCUCAGACAUCCGGCUUAGCUGCCUUUACUCAAAAUUCAAGCAUUGCGACCAAUACAAAUGCCAUUGCCAAUUCGUUAUACAAUCAGAAUUCUUUUGUUGCCAGUGGUGAUCCCAAUCUAAAUCUGGCGGUUAUAGGUAACAACAGUGAACAUCAGCAGCAGCAACAACACCAGGCAUCACCCCAUUCUCAAGUGCAAUUGCAAGUGCCUCCACAGGAACAGCAACAAACAGCAGCCCAACAUCACUCACCUCACCUUACUCAACAUCAACAACAUCAAUUGGCCUGCACCGAACAUUGGCUUAGUACCUAUAAUUCCUGCCCCUAUGAUCUAUCGCUCAGUCAUCCUGGUGUAGAAUUUAGUGCUGCCAAUACCAAGGAUUUCAUCAAUCUGCAGCUUUUGUCGGGGCCUUUUAUAACCAGUCAUUCUACGGUGCAUCAUCAAAGUGCCCCCAGUCCUUAUUACAGCAAUCAUCUGAUGAGUCCCUCCAAUACUAACGCCAUAGCCCCCAACUAUUUACACGAAGAUCCCAACGCCACCAUGCGUUCUAAUCUGGCCCUAUACACCUCACCCUAUGCCCCACAUCAUGAUCCUCAUCACCAUCAUCAUCACCACCAUCACCAUUUGCAUUCCCAUGCCGCCGCCCUCAUGGGUUCACAAAAUAUGGGCACCAGCAAUACCAACACACAUCACACGCUCUCCAAUGUGGAUGAGGUCAUACAGGAUACUCUAAAAGAUGAAUGCCUAGAGGAUUCAGGCGUUAGCUAUGUGACCCUUAACUCAGUGGUGGAUAUGCAGUCACUUAAGGAUAGCUAUCAUUCGCCUAAUCUAAGUCAAGAUUUGACACAUUUGACUGCCAUAGCGCCGGCCCAUUUGCAGAAUACAUCGUCGCCCUCUGCGACACCCCACCAUUCCAUGCAUGCCAUACACUAUAUACAACACAACAAUGCCAGCAGUCCGGUGGCGAAUUCGCCCUCUCCCUCCUCGGCUCUAUCGCAAACGGGUGAAUUGGCCAAUUUGCAAAGUUUUACACAGCUAACGAAUGCCAGUGCAACGGGACAUAGGGAUAUCUACAAUAUGCUGUCGGUUGCAGAGCAGGCGCAAAUGUUUAAUUUCAAUUCGCCGCCAUCGCCAGUUUUAUCCAACAGCUCCGUUUAUGCAACCCCCUUAUUAGCAGCCACCGCCAAUUCUAAUGGUGCCAUGCAUUAUGGCAUGCCGCCAGCAAAUAUUAUGGCCGCUAGCUCCUCACCUCCGCCCCAUCAUGCCAUUACGCCAACGGGAGCCAGCACAACAACAUGCGCCCAGGCAAACUCACCUACACUGACAUCUGCAGGUGGUACAUUGGCCAAUGGUGGUGCCAGCAAUGGAGCCCAUUCGGAUGACUAUGAAGAUGGCUCACCAAAGAGUCAGCACAGUGGCAGUGGUUCAACGGGGGCCACAGGUGGUGCACUACCAGCAUUUCAACGCAUUGCUGGCAAUACCUAUGGAGCAAAUGCAUCCAAUGUGGAACGUUAUGCCUCAAUGGGCAAUUACCAUAAUCAUGCUAGUCCCUGGUCCAAUGCAUAUGAGGCCAUUAGUUAUGCUCCCUCAGCGAUGAGCAAUCAAACAUUGAGCAAUGCCUCCAAUGUUAUACGCAGUGGCGGAGUCAAUGGACGCUCCAGCAAUGGGGCUAAUGCCAGCUCAGAGUCAGCAGCUCAGGCCAAUGCAAAUGGGGCAGCCACUGCUAAUUUGGUGGCCCAUUUGUCGGCCUCAGCUUCUUUGUCAGCAAUGGCCGCUGAAUCGGGCGGGGAUUUCUAUAAGAACUAUGCGCUUAACGUUAUAAAUCGGAAUACAAACACCACCCCCCACAAUCACAGCAACAGCAAUGGCACGCCAAACCAAAAAGAGGAACAUGUUGUUAGUCGUGCUACCUCAAGGCGUAUGAGUUCCUCCAGACGUGCUGGUUUAACCUGUUCCAAUUGUCUUACUACCCAGACUUCGUUAUGGCGACGCAAUCCUGGCGGUGAACCGGUGUGCAAUGCUUGUGGCCUUUAUUUCAAGCUGCAUAAUGUAAAGCGGCCUUUAACCAUGAAAAAGGAUACGAUACAGACCCGCAAACGCAAACCCAAGGGCUGUAAAUCGGAAAAGGCUUCCAAGAAGCAAGCAGCGGCAAAUGCUGCCGCCGCUGCAGCAGUUGUUGCCAAUGAACAACUUAUGAAUGCCAUGGCCAAUUGUAGUGACAACAAUGCCAAUGGCAAUAUUUCGGGCUUAAAUCUCAGCGACAAUGAUAUUAAACCUUUAACACAACACCUAAAUACAUCAACAUCAUCAUUAACACAAUCGGCGGCUACAUCACCCACGACUAGUAUACCAUCGCCUAGCAACAAUAAUCAUCACAAUAUUAACAGCAACAACACCAACAACAGCAUGAAAAUGUCACCUACAUCACCGCUAAUGCAAGUUAAUCAUCAUUUGGGUCAUAUGGUGGGCAAUAUGUCACCGCAAGAAUAUCAUCAACAGCAACAGCAGCAACUAGAUACAGGGUUACAAUCGCCCAUGUUUCAACAACAUCAGCAUACAACGUCGUCAGCCUCAUCAUCACCUACGUCACAUCAUUUGCAACAUAAUAAUAACAAUUCUUCAUUUAAUGAUCAAAAUAAUGCCAAUGAUGAAAAUAUGACACUUGUUAAAUUCUUGCAACAACAGCAGCAGGAACAUCAACGAUCCAGCAACAACAACAACAACAACUCCUCUACAAUAGCAACCAGCAUGAAUGCGAAUUCGCCCAACAACAACCAAACAACCAACAAUCAGACGACGACGGCUAUCACGAAAAUUGCCUCACCCAACAGUCAAUAUCUGCAGCAACAGCUGCAGCAACAUUCGCCCUCCAAUGCUCACAAUCACAGUCCACUUAACACUCAAUACCAUCAUCAGCAACAUGCCAACGAUACGGCAGCCACCAACUCUCCCCCCUUGUCGCCCACAACCUAUGAAUGCUAUGGCGAGCUUAUACCCAAUGCAGCCAAUGAGGAGAGCCUUAUUAAGCUGGAAGAGCGCCAUCAUCAACAUUUACGCCAACAACAACAGCAGCACCAGCAGCAGCAGCAACACUUGCAACGCCAACAGCAGCAAGAAGAAAUGUUGCAUUCGCAUCAUAUGAAUUUGAGUCGUAGUCCCUCCAUGGAUGAGGAAUAUGAUUAUCAACAUUCUCAAUUGUUGCUGCAACAUCAACAUCAUUUGCAACAACAACAACAGCACCAACAUCAGCAUUUUUUGCAAUUCCAAAAUUUUAUGCCACAACAUUUGAGCGAUUUUGGGCGCAAGUUUGAACGUGAGACUGUGGUAAAAAUGGAAUAGUUGUGAAAGCAGAGAGGGGAAAAUGAGUAAGAGAAGGUUUGAGCAAAAUAUCUGAAGGAUAUGAUUUUUAACCACCGAUUGUUUGUAUAUAUAUUUUUAUAUAUAGAAAAUUUUCCAUUUUCCAUAGUUGAUUAUGAAGAGAAGCAUUCUGGUUUAUGAGCAUAUAAUGAAUAGAAGAUUGAUAGAAAAUUCCAAAAUGUCAUUUAAUGGUUUUUCAAAAUUUAUGAACAUUUUGCAAAUUUCAAACUUGGUGAAAGAUUUCCUAAAAACUUGUUUCUCAAAACUUAAAUUGUUGACAAACAUUAAUGAGUAUUUUCAUAAAAUUUAGUAAAAAUUUCCAUGAAUUUAGUAAAAUUUCCAUUAAUUUAGUAAAAUUUCCAUGAAUUUAGUAAAAUUUUAUGUAAAAUAUACGAAUAUUUUUCUUAAGCUUUAAGAAAAUUUUCUUUAACUUCAAAUGUAAGAAAAUAUUAAAUAAAAUUGGAAAUUUUUUCAUAAAAUUUAAGAAAAUAAUUAUUGGAAGUAAAGAAAAUUUUCAUAAGACUUGAAGAUUUCAUCAAAUCGAUUUUUUUUUUAUAAUUCAGCAUUCGGUUUUUUGAGCAUACGUGGAGCAGAGAGAGCAGAAAUAGAAGAUAAUUAGAAAGUUCCAAAUUGUAAUUUAUUGGUAUUCUCAAAAUUAAUGAUAUAUUUCGCAAAUCACAAAUUUUAUGGAAAAUUUCCUACAAAAAUAUUAAUGAAUAUUUUUAUUAAAGAAAAUUUCUUAAAAUUUAUAAAAAUUUUGUUCAAAAUGUAAGAA